AUGGAUCAACUCAUUCGCUUCGUCAAGCAGCACAGGCGUCAAAUCACGCAGAUCGCCAAGAAGGCAUUUGCAUUCUACAAGAAGAACAAGACCGGCGGCGGCGGUGGUGGUGGUGGUGGUCAGCAAGGUGGUGGCUCGUACGGACAGGCAGCUUCGUAUGGCAGCCAGCAAGGCGGUGGCUCGUACGGACAAGCAGCGUCGUACGGCGGUCCGCAACCUCCAGCUCCACAAGGCGGAUGGGCGGGCUACGCUGGAGCUCCUGCAGCUGGAGGAUACGACCAUCCACCACCGCAAGGUAGUUAUGGCGCACCUCAGCCCCACCACGGAGCACCGUCUCAAGGACCGCACUACAAAUACUCGCAGGACAACCAGGUGAAUCAACACGAUGCGAAUUACAUGAAUCUGCGCAACCAGGCGCGUUCCGAGGGCGACAAGAUGGCACAGUGCUUUGACCGUUCGCACAAUGCCUACGCCCAGGGCGACGGUGCGCGUGCCAAGCAGCUGAGCAACGAAGGAAACGAGCACAAGCAGAACAUGGAGCGGCUGAACAAGCAGGCGAGCGACUGGAUUUUCAUGGCCAACAACGAAGACUCUCCUCAGGGCACGGUGGAUCUACACGGUCUGUACACCUCGGAAGCGCUCGAAAGGACAGAGCAGGCAGUGCGACAGGCUCAAUCGCAGGGCUGGACCGAAAUGCGCAUCAUCGUAGGCAAGGGCCUUCACAGCAAGGAUCACCGUCAGCACAUCGCACCUGCGGUGGAGAAGAUGAUGCGCGACUACAGACUGGAAGCUCACUUGGACCCCCGCAACGCGGGUGUGCUGGUGGUCAACCUGCGCGGAAGCGGACAGGGCGGUGCGGCAUUCACGCGCGACCUUGCCAAGCAGACGACUGGCAACGAGGACGAGUGUAUUAUCAUGUGA